CCUUAUACUUGCGAUAUUUGUAAUAUGAAAUUCACAGUAAGUUCCCAUUUAGUUAAACAUAAACGUGUUCAUACUGGAGAAAAGCCUUAUUCCUGCGAUAUUUGCGAUAAAAAAUUUAAAUAUACAGACGGUUUAAAUCGUCACAAACGAGUGCAUACUGGAGAAAAACCUUAUUCCUGUGAUGUUUGCGAUAAAAAAUUUGCACGAAAGCAAUAUUUAGAUCAACAUAAACGACUGCAUACUGGAGAAAAACCUUAUUCCUGCGAUAUUUGUGAUAAAAAAUUUGCCCAAAGGUCCUAUUUACUUAACCACAAAUGGACACAUAUUGGAGUAAACCGUGUGUAUGUGAGUGAAAUUUGUAACAAUGUUGAGACUAAUAAAAUCAAAAUUGAAAAAGAAUUGCAUUCAGAACUUAUCACAAAAGAUGAGGAUUGUGAUGGAAUGUCCGAAGAAACUGGAAGUUUUAAGAAAAUGGAUGACUGCCAUACAGUCGAUAAAUCUGAGGAUUGUGAUGGAAUGCAUUCAGAACUUAUAAUAAAAGCUGAGAAGUGUGAUGGAACGUUCGAAGAAACUGAAAGUUUUAAGAAAAUGGAAGACUGCCAUACAGUCGAUAAAUCUGAGGAUUGUGAUGAAAUGCAUUCAGAACUUAUAAUAAAAGAUGAGGAUUAUGAUGGAAUGUCCGAAGAAACUGAAAGUUUUAAAAAAAUGGUUGACUGCCAUACAGUCGAUAAACCUACAUGUGAUUUUUGUAAUAAAAAAUUUUCUACCAGACAAAGUUUAAAUUAUCAUAUACGACUUCAUACUGGAGAAAGACCUUAUACUUGCGAUAUUUGUAAUAUGAAAUUCACAGUAAGUUCCCAUUUAGUUAAACAUAAACGUGUUCAUACUGGAGAAAAGCCUUAUUCCUGCGAUAUUUGCGAUAAAAAAUUUAAAUAUACAGACGGUUUAAAUCGUCACAAACGAGUGCAUACUGGAGAAAAACCUUAUUCCUGUGAUGUUUGCGAUAAAAAAUUUGCACGAAAGCAAUAUUUAGAUCAACAUAAACGACUGCAUACUGGAGAAAAACCUUAUUCCUGCGAUAUUUGUGAUAAAAAAUUUGCCCAAAGGUCCAAUUUAGUUGAUCAUAAAUUGACACAUAUUGGAGUAAACCGUAUGUAAUGUUUGUAAUAACAUGUUUAGCAAAAGAAUUAAUUUCGCGAAACAUAUAAUUACACAUAACGGACCAGAGCC